UCAACUUCCGCUCGGCGAUCUCCGGCAGUUUGCUGUCUUUUUCGCUCUUUUCCGUCAAUCGUAGGCUUCGAUAGUGAAACACAUUUCGUGUCGCUUAGCAAAUAAAUUGCCACAAUGUCCGACGUCGAAGUUGAGGCCCCGAGUGCACCCAUCGAUGGCUCCAUGGAUGUCAAUACCGCCCUCCAGGAGGUGUUGAAGAAGUCGCUGAUCGCCGACGGACUGGUGCACGGUAUCCACGAAGCGUGCAAGGCGCUGGACAAACGUCAGGCCGUGUUGUGCAUUUUGGCAGAAAGCUGCGAUGAGCCGCAGUACAAAAAGCUGAUCACGGCUCUGUGCAACGAGCACCAGAUUCCACUGAUCCGCGUGGAUUCCAAUAAGAAGCUUGGCGAAUGGUCCGGUCUGUGCAAGAUUGACAAGGAAGGCAAGCCCCGAAAGAUUUGCGGCGCCUCCUGCGUCGUGCUGAAGGAUUUCGGCGAGGAAACUCCAGCCCUCGAUGUCAUCAAGGAGCACCUUCGGCAGACAAGCUAAACACACAGUUUCCGUGCAUUAUGAGUUAUUGUGAAUGUGUAAGAAGAACACACAUAAACCAAGGUGUUUCCCGAUAAAAACUAAAAACAAACACACAAACGACAUGUUCUACUCUGUGCG